GAGGCACAGGAUCCGGCUUGGGUUGCCUCAUGCUCGAGCGUCUGUCGGUGGACUAUGGGAAGAAGAGCAAGAUCUCCUUCACCGUGUACGACAACGAGGCAUUGUACGACAUUUGCCGCCGGAACUUGGACAUCGAACGCCCCACGUACACCAACCUCAACCGCCUCAUUGCCCAGAUCAUCUCCAGCCUAACGGCAUCUUUGCGGUUUGAUGGAGCUUUGAACGUGGACAUCACUGAGUUCCAGACGAAUCUGGUGCCGUACCCCCGCAUCCACUUCAUGCUGACCUCGUAUGCACCGGUCAUCUCUGCUGAGAAGGCCUACCACGAGCAACUGUCGGUGGCUGAGAUCACCAUGUCUGUCUUCGAGCCGGCCUCCAUGAUGGUCAAGUGUGAUCCACGCCACGGCAAAUACAUGGCCUGCUGCAUGAUGUACCGCGGAGAUGUGGUGCCGAAGGAUGUCAACGCCGCCGUGGCUACCAUCAAGACCAAGCGCACCAUUCAGUUUGUCGACUGGUGCCCUACCGGCUUCAAAUGCGGCAUCAACUACCAGCCGCCUACCGUGGUGCCGGGUGGUGAUCUGGCGAAAGUGAUGCGUGCCUGCUGCAUGAUCUCCAACAGCACCGCCAUUGCCGAAGUCUUCUCCCGGAUCGACCACAAGUUCGACUUGAUGUACUCCAAGCGUGCCUUCGUCCACCACUACGUCGGA